AUUUUGGAGGAGUGGAGAAUCGAGGGUUUUGGGACGGGAAAUUUUCAGGAAUUCUUUCAUCUUUUUGCUGCACCAGGCACCAUUUUCGAUUGACCGGCUAUCGCACGAUGGGAUUCAACGCAUGCGCAGCUGUGGCCAAUCGACACGAGAAACAGUUCGGAAGUUCCCGCGCCUUCGACCGGACACAGAAAACACGUACGUCUUCCUCAUUUAUUACCGGACCUUUCAAGGGACUUGGAACCAUUGUCACGUGCCUGUCGUCUUGCUAGGAUUUAUAACAUCGACGAAAUAUUUUCGGAGGCAGUCUAUGGUCCGAAGUCAUGAAGCGAGGAUGGAUCUUGUCCGGGUGGAUUUACUUAAUUCUACAGGUGAUUGAGGUAACGAGUCAUGGACGUCUCAUGGAUCCUCCAGCUAGAAAUAGCAUGUGGCGAUUUGGCUUUCCAAAUCCAGUGAAUUACAACGACAACGAGCUGUUCUGCGGCGGCUAUGCCGUUCAGUGGGUGCAGAAUGAAGGCCAAUGUGGAAUAUGCGGUGAUGCUUAUCAUUUGAAAGAACCAAGACCUCAUGAAGCCGGUGGAGAAUUCGCUAAGGGCACCAUUACGAGACAUUACACUGCAGGACAGGAGAUAGACAUUGAGAUUGAAUUGACAGCUAAUCAUCAAGGCCACUUCGAGUUGUACCUUUGCCCCAACAACAAUCCAAGGCUUCCAGCGACUCAAGACUGCUUCACCAAUUAUCCACUGUACCUUGCUGGUACGCAAGAAGUGAAAUUCGUAAUACCAGAGGACAGUGAUAAAAAAGCUGUUUUUCGGUACAGAGUCGCAUUACCGAAUUACCUCACCUGCUCUCAAUGCGUAAUUCAGUGGAAUUAUUAUACAGGAAAUAUGUGGGGCACAUGUGCCAAUGGGACUGAAGCCGUUGGUUGUGGCAGACCCGAGACCUUCAGAAAUUGCGCCGAUGUUAAUAUUGUCACCAGCACUGGCGCUGUACCACCUGCAUUUGUUCAUCAGCAGGACAAUCCGUUUGUUCUUUACUAUCAGGAUUACAGAUUGGAGAAUCAGGUUGUACCGCUUAUUAUCAGAUCGCAGCUGUGUGUACCACAUAAUCAGUACAGAUUUAUACCUGGUAUGGAUAAUUGGUGUCAGACCAAUUGUUUGAGGUAUCCACCUCAUUGCCCAAUGGAUAUAUGCACUUGUCCGGAGGAGUGCACAGCAAUCGGCGAAUUAGAAGGAAAAACCGGUGCAGACGUCUACUGCAUGGAUAGAUGCUUGGUGUACCCCUCAGACUGUCCCACCAAUCGCUGUCAAUGUUUUUAGUGCCGCAACUUGGUUAAAUAAAAAGAAAUAAUAAUCCACUAACAAAUGAUGAUAAAUAAAAACCACAAUAUACAUCUUACU